UAAACGACGUAAUUGCGUGUUUUGAUUGCGAUUUCCGAUGUUCGAUGUUGACAGACGGCAAGGAUUUUUGCCACCCGACAUUGCGAAUGCUUUUCGCGUGUUUGUGCUGUGAAAAGCGAUUUGUUGUUCCGGCCAUGGGAAAUAUUGUGUGCUGUUUAUGCUUCGCAAAGGAAAUGUUUCGCACCAAACUCAUGUAUCCAACAAACAUAAAUCCUAUAACUUAAGCAUAAUACAUGUGUUUCCAACAUAAAAAGUGUUUUCUAAUAUAUAUUUUAUAAUUAUGGAACUGAGAUCGGACAUCAUGGCAUCAAUAUCGGAUGACGGCAUGGCGCUGAGUGGCUACCUCAAAAAGUUGAAGACCAUGAAGAAGAAGUUUUUUGUGCUGUACGAGGAGACCAGCCAUUCAGCUGCCCGUCUGGAAUACUAUGAUAGCGAAAAGAAGUUCCUGCAAAGAGCCGAGCCAAAAAGGGUUAUCUAUCUGAAGAAUUGCUUCAACAUUAACCGCCGCUUGGACACCAAGCAUAGAUUUGUCAUUGUGCUCUCCUCCAGAGACGGGGGAUUCGGCAUCGUUCUCGAGAGCGAAAAUGAUUUACGUAAAUGGCUGGACAAACUACUAGUUCUACAAAGGAACAUCGCCAAUUCGAAUGGAACAGCGCACUCAGCUUAUGACCAAGUUUGGCAAGUUGUCAUUCAAAAGAAGGGUAUUUCGGAGAAAGUUGGAAUCACCGGAACCUACCACUGUUGCCUUACUUCCAAAUCCCUGACAUUCGUGUGUAUAGGACCGGAAAAGACUCCCAAUGGCGAGGAUCGCGUUGCUAGCAUUGAAAUACUUUUGACCACGAUCAGGCGAUGCGGUCAUGCAUCCCCACAAUGUAUUUUCUACGUUGAACUCGGCCGCCAAAGUGUCUUGGGAUCUGGCGAUCUGUGGAUGGAAACGGAUAACGCAGCUGUUGCUACUAAUAUGCACAACACCAUACUGAGCGCUAUGUCAGCUAAAACAGAGUCGAACACGAAUUUAAUAAACGUUUAUCAAAACAGACCUGACUUGAGUCAUGAGCCCAUGAGAAAGCGAUCAUCGUCUGCAAACGAAGCUUCGAAGCCGAUUAACGUAAACGUUAUACAAAAUAGUCAAAACUCUCUCGAAUUGCGGAGCUGCAGUUCGCCCCAUAACUAUGGUUUUGGAAGAGAGAGAUGCGAUAGCUUACCGACCAGAAAUGGAACCCUAAGCGAGUCCAGCAAUCAAACAUACUUUGGUUCCAACCAUGGACUGCGAUCCAACACUAUAUCUGGCAACCGUCCGCACUCAACCAACAAACAUAGCAAUAGUCCAACGUUCACCAUGCCAUUAAGAUGCUCAGAAUCAGAGUCAUCAAUUAGUAUCGAAGAAUCCGACGACAACGGAAGUUAUAGCCACUACAGAUUAAACACGCGGACAUCGGAGACGGCUAUUCCUGAGGAAAACAUUGAUGACUUUGUCAGUGCUGAAUUUAGCAAAGUCACUGAACCAAAUGAGAGUGACGAAAACUACAUACCGAUGACUCCAAUAAAUCCUACUGAUGCUAUCCAUGAAAAAGAGAAGGCUGACAUGCAGAGAUUGGAAGAUGCAUCUCUGAAUUUUGACUUUCCGGAGCACGCAUCGGAAAAACUUGCUAAGGAUUAUGAUCUGGACUCUGAUAACCAAUGCGGACGUCCCAUUCGUGCCUAUUCGAUAGGGAACAAGGUUGAGCAUUUAAAGUUUAAUAAGCGCCUGGGACAUUUGAAUGAUACGGGCCAAAAUCCGAAUCGCGUGCGAGCCUACUCGGUUGGUUCCAAGUCGAAGAUACCGCGGUGCGACUUGCAGCGAGUGGUCCUUGUGGAGGAUAAUAAACAUGAGUUCGUAGCGAAUAGAAGUCAGAGUAGCAUUACAAAGGAAGGAUCCAGCUAUGGCACAAGUGGCAACCGGCAAAAGAAAUCUACAAGUGCUCCACUCCUAAGUCUGAAGAACCAGAUAAACUCUGACCGAAUGAGUGACUUAAUGGAAAUUGAUUUUUCGCAAGCAACCAAUUUGGAAAAGCAGAAGUUCAUCAAGAACAAUGAAAUUCCGAAAUACAUUGAAAACGUGUUCCCGAAAACCCCCAGAACCGAUAGCUCCAGCUUAACUCUGCACGCCACAAGUCAGAAAGACAUUUUCAAUGGAACCAAACUAAAUACCACUGCGAACGCAUCCGAGGAUGGUUACCUUGAGAUGAAGCCAGUCGGUAAUGCAUACACUCCCAGUUCGAAUUGCCUUCCAAUUAAAGUAGAGAAGCUCAAGCUAUCAGACUACACCGCACCACUCACAACAACAGCACCAGUGCACGACUUAAACAAAAUUAGUACAUACAAUAUAUCCGCUGAGAAAUGGAGAGAACAGCCCAGAAGCGAGGAAAAAAAGUCGAACUCCCCACUAAAUGAAAAACCCUUUAGCUUGAAACCAACAACUGUCGAGAGUAACAGCCACGAUGUGCGUACAACAAACAAUAUUGAUUGUGAGCAAGUGACCGUGCAAAGCGACAAACAAAAUAAUUUGGAUGACACGAUUGUUGAGAACAACAAUUUGGAUAUUGGCGGCCAUGAGGAAAAGAAAUUGGUUCAUUCGAUAAGCAGUGAAGAUUACACACAAAUUAAGGACAAAUCGAAUGAUUUCACAAAAUUUAACGAAGCCGGCUACAAAAUUCUUCAAAUUAAAAGCGACAGCUCACUCAUCUCAUCGAAGCUAUACCAAAAGGGUAUUCACAAAGAUAACUUGGAGCGAUCGCAUAGACUUACGGAGAGUGUUAAUACGAUUCCUGAUAAUGCCACCGCCAGUAGCUCAGUCACCAAAUUCAAUAUAAGCGCAAAAGCAGCUGACUCGCGAAGCACAGAUUCAAGUACACCACAAAACAUUCUUCAGACUAAAGAUUUAAAUUUCCCGUCAAGGUCUUCGUCUCGCAUAUCCCAGCCGGAGUUGCACUACGCCAGCCUAGAUCUUCCCCAUUGUAGCGGCCAAAACCCAGCUAAAUACCUGAAGAGAGGUUCACGCGAAUCUCCACCCGUGUCUGCAUGCCCGGAGGAUGGAAAUACCUAUGCGAAAAUUGACUUUGACCAAUCAGACUCCUCUUCCUCCUCAUCAAACAUAUUUAAUACGUAAAGUUUGGAAAUUUAUGACUAUAUCUAUAUGAUUUGUUUAAUAUUGUACAUUUAUUGUAAAUAUUCUCUGACAAGCAAAGCUUAAAAUUUUGGAUGCUAAUAAA